AUGGAGGAUGAAAAGGAGAGCUCCAUGAUUCAGCUGGCUGAUUUCAGAAUCGACAUUCACGACGACGUUUCUUAUUCACCUACAACUUCUCUUUCUUCGCCAUCUUCUAGUCGACACCGUCACCGCCGGUUUGCUUCAUUACCCUCGUUAAUGACUUUUGAUGGCCGACGCUCUAGUUUUAGCAACAUCACCAACACUCUCUUUCAUUCUUAUAAUAAACUCCCCGAAGAACCUCUCAAACUCUCCGUUCUCAAGUUAGACGGCACCUCCUUCGAUAUUGAAGCGAUGAAGUCAGCUACAGUUGGAGAACUAAGGCAAGCGGUUGAGGCCGUGUUUAGUUACAUGCCGCAGGAAGGACCGGGAAAGAUCUCAUGGCCGCAUGUGUGGGGACAUUUUUGCUUGUGUUAUGAUGGUCAGAAGCUACUCAUGGAGACGGAUUACAUAAAAAAUUAUGGCAUCAAGGAUGGUGAUCAGCUUCAAUUUAUCCGGCAUGUCUCAGGCAACUACAGCUUGAUAAAGAAGCGUUCAGUGAAACAGAUUGCUGCGUCAGAAUCACCGAAGAUCUCACUAUCUCCAUCAAAUAGGUAUGAAGAGAAACAACAGAAUUACAAGGAAGAUGAUUGUCAUGAUAACGACGACGACAUUCUUACACAAGACGAAGCCCGAUUUUGUUGUUUCUUCAGACGGUGGAACAAGGGCACUGUACGGGCGGGUCGGAUUAAUAUGGGUCAGGGUCAAGAACACACAAAUCGCACGUGCAAUGCAAUUCGUCUCCUCUCCACUCCUUCCUCUUGCCCAUUACAAACCUCAUCAAUUUGUGUGGCAAAGAAAGAGAUAACCCCCUUCCAAAAAUCCCCUCUCCAUUUCCACACAAAAUCUAACAAUUCCACCAUCAUCAGUCAUCACCUCACAAUCCAAAGAGCACCACAACUGGAAAGUUUGAAUCUUCAGUCAUCAGCCAUGGCCAACAUGAUCAUGGCCUCUUCCAAACCUCUCAUCACCCUCUCCUCCUCUUCCCUCCCCACCAACACUAAACCCAAACUCCAAAUCCCACAACUUUCCUUCCCUAAACUCCUCAAAAUCACCAAGCCCCAACUCCUAUCUCUCUCCACCUCCACCCUCAAAUCACUCUCUCUCAUUGCAGCCACUUCUUUAACCUUCACUCCACCUUCUUUGGCCGAAGAAAUAGAAAAAGCUGCACUCUUUGACUUCAAUUUAACACUUCCUAUCAUCAUGUUUGAGUUCUUGUUCCUCAUGGUUGCUUUGGACAAAGUCUGGUUCACCCCACUUGGUAAAUUCAUGGAUGAGAGAGAUGCAGCUAUAAAGGAGAAGCUGGGCAGUGUUAAAGAUACAUCAGAAGAAGUUAAGCAACUUGAGGAACAGGCCGCUGCUGUUAUGAGAGCAGCAAGGGCUGAGAUAUCGGCUGCAUUGAAUAAAAUGAAGAAGGAAACACAGGGUGAAGUGGAGCAGAAGUUGGCUGAAGGAAGGAAAAAAAUUGAGGUUGAGUUGCAAGAAGCAUUGGCUAAAUUAGAGAGUCAGAAAGAGGAGACCAUCAAAGCACUUGAUUCACAAAUUGCUGCUCUUAGUGAUGACAUUGUUAAGAAGGCUCUUCCAACCGAGCCAAUUAACUUAAGGUUGAGGCAUGGUUGGACAAUGAAAAUUGGGUUGACUUACAGAACCUUCAUUGAAUCCUUUAAUACUUUGCUUCUUAGCUGGCAGUACAAAGUUGUGUUUCAGAGAUCAGGAUUAGAGCUUAGAGAGAUCUUUGACAAUGAAGGCAUAGAUGAUGAUGAGAUGGAGCUUGUGAUUUUGUUUUCUGGUGUGUUAAUUCUACCGUUAAAACCAAGGUUCAUCAGGCAAUAUGCUGAUUACCAAUGGUGA